CCCAGAUCCUAGUCAGUCUUUAGCCGACGACAACUCAGUGAGCAUCGGUCCAUAGCACACGUUUCUCUUGCUUAGACGAUCGUCCUUCAAACCUAUAUAUUCUCAGUCCCGUGCUCGAGUCCAGGCAGUUUCGAUCGAUCGUCAUGCCGGCCGAAGAGUUCCUUGGAAAACGGUAUAAGCUGUUCAGCAGCGAAAAUUUCGACGAUUUUAUGAAGGCACUCGGUGUAAGCCUGAUGACGCGUAAAAUGGGUAGCAGCGUGAACCCCGUGGUUGAAUUAACGGAGAACAAUGGGCUCUACACGCUGAAAACGACUAGCCCGUUCAAGUCCUCCGAAAUAAAGUUUAAACUCGGCGAGGAGUUCGAUGAGGAAACACCGGACGGAAGAAAAGUGAAGAGUGUCUGUAGUUUAGAAGGAAAUAAACUCGUUCAAAUACAAAAGGGCGAGAAACAGACCACUAUUGAGAGAGAAUUCACGCCGACGGAAAUGAAAGCGGUCAUGAAAGUCGACGAUAUAAUAUGCACGAGAGUAUAUAAAGUCCAACAAUAAAAAUACCGCUAGCCGGGGAAAUGAUAUUCCAUGGGUCAAUGAUUAAUUGACACUGUUGAAAGUUAUUCUUGCAAAUCUAAGAACUUUACAUUAUUUUGAUGAAUGUAAAAGAAGCAAAAAAUAUGCAUACAAACGUAUAAAUGUUGUUGCUAUGAUUUGAAAGUGAUGAUAUGCGCGCACAAUUUUGCAUACGUUAAAGAAUUUUGUAUUUCGUAUAUUUUGUAUGCUUCUUUAAAUGUAAUUCAAAUUGUUGCUUUCACGGGAAUUCUUAAUAAAUAAACAAUUAGUACAUCGGUUGUAAAUAUAUAA